UGGCAGAAGGGGUGGGAAUUGAGGGAAAUGUAGAGAGAGCAUGAAAUGAGCUAUUGUGUUUUAUGUCAUGUUGUUACCAACUAAGGAAUCAAAGAAUCUUUACUGAGUUUUAGACUUGUUGUAAUAGAAGAAGAAAAAAAGAAGACCUACAAGAGUCAAACAAGAGAGUGACAUGGUCAAACUUGUCUUUUAGAUUUUAUCCAUCAAAGGAAAAAAAAAAAGAUAAUGUGGUGCUGGAAUCGUCUUACAAGAACAUUACAAAAUCUUGCUGCCGGUUUACUUCGGCUUUUGUAGCUUGGUAGAUCAGGCUGCAAAUUGAGGUUAGCAAGUUAGUUGGACAUGAAUUUGCUGGUGAGAACAUGCUCGAGCCAAGGGAAACCGACAUUCCUGUUUUGUUUUUGGUCUUGGUAGUGCUUCCCCUGGUUUCUUAUAUCCUUCUAGGCAAAUGGAAUGAGGCAGCCAAAAAGAAAGAGAGGGCUGGUCUGCUGGCUCAACGGGCUGCUGAAGAAGCAUUUAAGGGAGAAACUUUGCCUGCUGUAAGUACUAUCCCUAUCCCCCUCGUGCCUUUGCCAAACAGUGCAAUUCAUCAGUGUGCAAGAUGCCAUAGUCCAGCCACAACUCGCUGCUCUCAGUGCAAAUCUGUUCGAUACUGUUCAGGGAAGUGUCAGAUUCUCCAUUGGAGACAGGUUCACAAGUUAGAGUGUCUUCCAUUGGGUAACAACUGCAACAACUCAUUCUCUAAGCCUAUAUUGACUGAUGAAUUCCCGGGACAAGUGUCAUUUGAUAGCUAUAUUGAAGCGCAGUACAGCGAUAACAACCUAAAUCAGACAUGGCUUGGCAAAACUUCUCCAGAUGAUGUCACUGACACACCUACUAUCACACCGCUUGCCCCUAUUUCUGUUAGUGUGGCAAUGGAUACAUCAGUAGCUCCAAAAGUUGGGAGACGACCUGUAGACAAGAGAGCAUAUAAAGGCAGUAGAGACAUAUUAAGAAGAGGGGAAAGAACCAUGUCCGAGAGUUCUGAGCAAGAGUCUUCAACAGAACUUUCUAUGAACCAGAAGUCCAGAGAAAGUGAUUCCAUGCUUUCGGAACAUGAUAGCAUCGUGGAUGAGUUCAAUAGUGAACAUGGUGAUUUAAUGAAUACAAUGGGAGAAAGCCAUAUGUUACAAAAGCAAAGAGACCGCAUCUCAAGAAAUCAUCGUCACGUUUCAAGUUCAAUGAAUCUAGAAGGCCAUGAAACGAGUGCAUCCAAGAAUCAGAAGGAGUUAAUUGAUGAAGAAAGUCUUCCACAAGAAGGCGUCGUUACCAGCAAUUGUGCUUCUGGAAAGAUUCCAACAAGGAGAAGCAGUAGAGCUAAAACUGCAUCACAUUCUCAAGGAACAAAGUCCCAUAAAACGCCAAAAUCAAGAGAAGAAAUGUGUUCAGGUUCGGAAGGGAAGGACCAGAAUAUCGACGAGUCGAAAAAUGCUAGAAGAAAGGAUGCCGUCCCUUCACAAGCGGGCAGUGGGGUUGCAAACUUGGGAAUUAUGAGAAUGUUUGGUCUUGUUAAAUCAUCAAGACAUCAAUCUUUAGAAUCCAGGGCUGACAAACACAAGAAACUAAAGAUGCUGUUUCCUUAUGAAGAAUUUGCGAAGCUAUUUGAAUAUGAAGACUUCACUUUGUUGCCUAGAGGCCUCGUAAAUUGCGGGAAUAGUUGUUAUGCCAAUGCUGUCUUGCAGUGUCUGAUGUGCACAAAGCCUUUAACAAUCUACCUACUUCGCAGAUCACAUUCUAGAACUCACUGCCGGAGAGAUUGGUGCCUUAUGUGUGAACUUGAGCAACAUGUGAUGAUGUUAAGAGAAAGUGGAGGUCCUCUGUCGCCAAGCAGGAUUCUUAAUCAUAUGCGGAGCAUUAAUGGCCAGAUUGGCAAUGGCAGUCAGGAAGAUGCUCAUGAGUUUUUAAGGUUUCUUGUUGCUUCCAUGCAAUCUAUCUGUUUGGAGGCAUUAGGUGGAGAAAAUGCUGUCGAUCCAAGAUUGCAGGAAACAACCUUUAUACAACACACUUUUGGAGGGCGACUUAGAUCUAAGGUCAAAUGUCUGAGAUGCCACCACGUGUCGGCGUGCUAUGAAAAUAUCAUGGAUCUCUCAUUAGAGAUCUUUGGUUGGGUUGAGUCACUUGAAGAUGCAUUAACACAGUUUACAAGUCCGGAAGAUCUUGAUGGGGAAAACAUGUAUAGAUGCGGAAGGUGUGGUGGUUACGUUCGUGCACAAAAACAGUUGAGCAUACAGGAGGCUCCAAAUAUCUUGACUAUUGUCUUGAAGAGAUUCCAGGAAGGAAGUUAUGGGAAGAUAAAUAAGUGCAUUUCUUUUCCGGAUAUGCUGGAUAUGAUCCCAUUUAUGACUGGGACAGAUGACAUUCCUCCACUUUACAUGCUUUAUGCUGUUGUUGUGCACGUGGAUACCUUAAAUGCAUCAUUUUCUGGGCAUUACAUAUCCUACGUGAAGGAUCUACAUCGACAAGGCAAUUGGUUCAGGAUUGAUGAUACUGAGGUACACCCUGUAUCCAUGAGCCAGGUGAUGUCAGAAGGAGCAUAUAUCUUAUUUUAUAAGAGAUCAUCUCCACGGCCAGCAAGAAAGAGUAGCCGAAGACAAGCUCCAGGAAUUGCCAAGCACUGCCCACCAAAAUCGACAAAGCAGACAAAAGCAGAUCAUCUAUUUGUUGGUGUGGAUCCUCAUACAAAUCAUAGACCGGCACUGAAUGCUAAUAAAAAUAGACCACCGGUUGUGGGAACCUAUACUGAGUCAAUGGGCACAGAGUUUUCUGAUGCUACAUCAAGUGAUUGGUCACUCUUUACAAGCUCAGACGAAGCGUCAUUUACCACUGAGAGUACUAGAGACUCUUUUAGUACUGUUGAUUACGCGGAUGCAAGCGCUUCUGAUCCAUUCUCUUCGAUCAUCAACAGCUUAUGCGCAUCAGAGUAUUCCUCUAACAGAACUGUCGCGUGUAGUAUGUUUUCAAGCAGUAAACCACAUACAAGAUUCUUUUCAGAAAGGAAGGGUUCUGUUUUGUAUUCAAGUGAUCAAGUCCACGGAGAUAGACUUCCGAAACAGGUCACUGUUCCUUAUUCUGAAGGUUUUCGUAGUGAUAGUAGUACCAAUGUACAUGUAAAAUAUGGUAGUGAGCCUAGAUGUGGACCUCAUCAAACUUACUAUCCAUCUAGUGUUUAGUUUCUUGGGAUUCCAAGUCAUUAUAUGUCUGAAAUAGCUAGGUACAAGUUGUGCUUCUAUUUUGCCAAUCAAUAUUUCAUUGAAUGGGAGCACAUCAAUCAUUUGUCAGUUCAAGGGAACAAGUGAUCCUUUUUUAGUAAUUCGAAGUUGUACAUAUGCUUGCUGUGGCUAA